AUGGAUGAUAAAGCUCUCUGUCUCAUGCUACUGGAGUAUCUGGUGUCGGAUGAUGAGGACUCAAUGGAUGAUGAUGACGAAGAAGACCAUGCUGUACUCACCGCCUCCGAAUCAAUUGUGUUAUACUCUCAAUCGCUGUACGACAAGACACCAUACCACACUUCUGUGCUGUCAGGCCAAGGCUGGAUCCAAGAGCUGAUCAAUGGACAUGCGGGUAGGAUCAAAAGGCUCACUCUGAAGCAUGUUGGCGAGUGUUUCCAGCGUGCAAAUGACACCCUUUCAAAGUAUUUCAAGGAGAUUUUAUUCGCAUUUUCAUCAGCACCUAUACACACCGACUAUGUACACUUACCCUCUGCCAAUGAUUCCAUUCCACCCGAAAUUCAAAACAACCCAAAGCUAUUUCCAUUUUUUUCAGGUGCUAUCGGCACCAUUGAUGGUACGCACAUUGCAUGUGCCCCAAAGUCGUCUGAGCGCCAUCUGUCAAGAAACAACAAGGAACCGGCUAUUGUGGGAGAGCAAUACUGA